GCGCUCCGGGCUCAGGCUCGGCGUGGGUUUGGUUUGAGCUGCAGUUUUUUGCAGCUCCUAGUUCUUAUGCAGACGUGUUACACGAUGGACAGGUGAUGCAUUGCAAUCGCCCGUUCUUCAGCUCAGCUUUAGGCAAUACAGCAGCACCUCUUCACGUCCGAAACGAAAAGCCUCCAAAUGGCAGUUUUCAGCGACUGACAAAAGUCUCAAAUCUUUGGAAGUGUUGAGUAGUUUCUCAUUUGCUGGUUUACAAGAAACAACAACAAAAACUAAUCAGAAAUGCCACCGACAACUCUUCUGCCUUUCACUGCUCCUGGUAUUAAUCGGAAGUCAGUGAACAACAGCUCGGUUUUAAUCAACCGGCCCGCCUUUCGACUGACUGAGAAAUUUUUGCUGCUUUUAGUUUUCAGUGGCUUCAUCACUCUGUGUUUCGGUGCUAUCUUCUUCUUACCCGACUCCUCCAAACUGCUGAGCGGGGUGUUCUUCCACUCGCAGCCGGCUUCGGUUUCAGGAAGCGGACCGAAACUGGACAGCAGAGAAUUCGAGGCUGACAAGUUGAACAGGAUCCGGGAGGAUCACGAGAAGGCUCUUCGGGAAGCAAAGGACACCCUCCAGAAACUGCCCGAUGAAAUCAAACAGGACAUUAAAGAGCAGAAGGAAAAAGUUGCACAGGAUUCCGUGAAUAAGAAGGAAGGAGCCCCGCGGUUGCCCAGUGUCGUCUUCCGCAAACCUGUGGGUGCGACAGGGCGUGAACCUAACGACCCCGAAACACGGGAUAGACAGGCGAAGAUAAAAGAGAUGAUGAAACAUGCUUGGGAAAAUUACAAACGUCACGCAUGGGGAUCAAAUGAGUUGAAGCCUUUAUCUAAACAACACCAUUCUAGUAGUCUAUUUGGUAAUAUUCAAGGAGCAACAAUAGUGGAUGCCUUAGAUACAUUGUACAUUAUGGGAAUGCAUGAUGAAUUCAACGAAGCAAAGGAAUGGAUUGAAAAGAAUCUUGACUUCAAUGUGCAUGCAGAGGUUUCGGUUUUUGAAGUGAAUAUUCGAUUCGUUGGGGGGCUGCUCUCUGCUUACUACCUUUCUGGUGAAGAGGUAUUCAGGACUAAAGCAGUGGAACUAGGGGAGAAGCUCCUGCCUGCCUUUAACACACCUACUGGAAUCCCUUGGGCUCUGUUGAACAUUAAAAGUGGAAUUGGUCGAAAUUGGCCUUGGGCCUCAGGAGGUAGCAGUAUCUUGGCUGAAUUUGGCACCUUGCAUCUCGAGUUCAUGCAUUUAAGUCAACUGUCUGGAAAUCCAGUGUUUGCAGAAAAGAUGAUGAACAUUCGAAAAGUUUUGAAUCGUUUGGAUAAACCACAAGGACUGUAUCCAAAUUACUUGAACCCCAACAGUGGUCAAUGGGGUCAACAUCACGUAUCUGUUGGAGGGCUUGGAGACAGCUUUUAUGAAUAUUUGCUCAAGGCAUGGCUGAUGUCAGACAAGACUGAUGAAGAAGCCCGGAAAAUGUAUUAUGAUGCAGUUCAGGCAAUUGAGACUCAUUUGAUUAGAAAAUCCAAUGGCGGCCUUAAAUAUAUUGCUGAAUGGAAAGGUGGUUUACUUGAGCACAAGAUGGGACAUCUGACAUGUUUCGCUGGAGGAAUGUUUGCACUAGGGGCAGAUGGUGCACCUGAGGAAAGAAGCGGUCAUCACAUGGAACUGGCUGCUGAGAUUGCACGUACUUGCCAUGAGUCUUAUGACCGUUCAGCAACAAAAUUAGGUCCUGAGGCCUUUAGGUUUGAUGGAGGUGUUGAAGCUAUUGCAACGAGACAGAAUGAGAAAUAUUACAUUCUGCGUCCUGAAGUCAUUGAGACGCACAUGUACAUGUGGAGGCUAACCCAUGACCCCAAGUACAGGCAGUGGGGUUGGGAAGCUGUUCAGGCACUGGAGAAGACCUGUAGAGUAGCUGCUGGAUAUUCUGGGAUUAGAGACGUUUAUUCUAGCCAACCAACACAUGACGAUGUGCAGCAGAGUUUCUUUCUGGCAGAAACUCUAAAGUAUCUUUAUUUGAUGUUCUCUGACGAUGACCUCCUUCCACUAGACCACUGGAUCUUCAACAGCGAAGCUCAUCCAUUGCCAAUUAUUCGCAAAGCCAGCUAAGCUGUUGAGAAACAAACAAAGUAGCGCAUAUGAUUUGGACCUUUUGAAUAGUAUCCAUUGAAUAGUAAAUAUUCAUUAUUUUAAUCCAAAUGUGCGUGCUGUAAACAAAGCAAAAUAACUUGUAAUAUGCAACAUGCAUGCUGCCAUAAAAUUAAUAUGAGGCUGCAGGAAAUGGACUGCAACAACCUUAACCGCCUCUGUGAGGAAAUGUCUGCUUUGAGCUGCAAUUUUUGCCAUGUUGCAAAAAAGCCAUAAAUAAUUGAAUAUCCAGAGAUUUAUUUGCAAUGAACUUUCUUUUUUCCUUUUGUUUGUUGUUAAGCCACACAUUUAUAUAUAAAAAUGAGACUUUCUCUGUGGGGGUCAUUUCUAUUCUGGUUUAAUUGAAUACUAUAAAUUGAGAGUUUAGCAUACAUGCUCUAUUACAUUUUUUUCUAUUUUAUAUGGUGCUGAUUAAUAUCAAUGCGCUUGAUAGAUAAAACAUCAACAUUUUUAUUUCUAGUAAUUUGUUUAAGAUAUGAAGAUGAGGAAAUCAAAAAUGCUCUUAAGAGGUGAUGAACGUAUAUUACUGAAGGUAUGGAAUAGACCCAAAAGACAAAUAUUGCACUUGAUUUGAAAUAAGUCUGGUAUUGAAUAUGUGAAUCAACUUUAACUUUAUUUUAUUCUUCAUUUUCUAGACUUGAUUUUUUUGUGCAUUUCUUCUGCAAAUUAAAACAUUCCCUUUAUACAAAGUACAUAGAUCUCUAAUGUUGUAAAUUGUUUGUGUCUACUUCAACAAAAAUAAAACAAUAUUUUUAUGUACGUUUUCUAAGGUGAUGAAUAUAAAAUGUGUGGGAACAGAUGCAUUAUCUAAAGAAUUGGUAUUUUAAUUACUGUACAAUUUUCAGCCAUUGUGGACAGGAUGCUUAAAAUGUUUACUUUUUUCUUCUGACAUUUACUGUGCAGAUAAAAUCUCACCAAUGAAAGUAUGGCUGGUUGACAGGGAUCCAAGAUCAGUAAUCAUCUUGAGUCUGACUAGAAACUCAGUUGAAAUUCUUUGGCAGUUGCUGUUGGCAUUCUCUGUGUGUGUGUGAUUUGGGAAUGUUUGAUAUAAGUUUAUACAUACUCUGUGAUCACAAUUCUCAAAGAUUGUUUGUACAUUCCUUUCUGGACACGUUCUAUAAAAAAUAAAACUGAAGAAAAUA